UUCUAACAAAGUUCACAAUGAUUCACAAAAACAUUCAAUGAUAUCUGAUGAUGAAUGACUAUACAAUCCGUGUGCAUUGAUGUACUGUGAAGAUAAAAAUAUCGUCGAAUAAUUUUUCUUCGUAAUUGACCUGCCAUUAAUCAGUAAUCGUCAUUAAAAACAUUCAAAACAAGUAAUUUUUAGUAAAUAUCAAAACAAAUCCGACUAAAAGUUGAAUAAAUGAGUUUGACAUCUAAGUUUGUCUUCGGUAGUUGUUGUGCUGUAACAUUUGGUACAAUUGGGUAUGUACAUUGGAAGCAAAAUUUUGAUAGAAAAAAACUUAAAGAAGGUGUUGUCAGAGAUGUAGAAAGGCAAAGAGUCCGUGAGAUGAAUAAAUCAAUUAACACAUACAAUCUUCAACAGCAGAAAGAGCUGGAAAAGGUUUUAAGACGAGAAGAAAACAAACAAUUUGCUAACGAAACUUAAAUCAACAGAUUAACUUUUAGUUAUAGCAUCUUCUAAUUUUUAAAUCGUUUUUAAUUAAAAUGAGUCCUUUUAGAAAAAAUAAAAAAAAAUGCGAUUAUAAUCCAACAUCUAAA